AUGUCCAACUCCACAUGCGAUGUUGUGUGGCAGGUCGACGAUUUUACUCGUUGUUCAAGACACGAUAUCUUGGAAUUAAAAAUUCCACUGGUUUUGACUAUUUUGUCUGUUAUUUCUAUUGGUUACUACUUGGCAAAGAAUAAUUGGCUUUCCUCUAGCAACAUUAAGCUAGAUUAUAAAUUUUCUAACAACGACAGCUCUCUCGGUCCAGACUUGGCUCAAAAUUAUGGAUCAGUUGAAAACUCUAAUACUGAAAAUCCUGAUAAGAAAACCAAUAUUAUUGAUGCCCAUUUUGAUAUGAAUUACCUCUCGGGAAGUUCCACGCAAGACAUGAAGGUCACUACAAAAACUGUUUUCAGGUCGAACUUUGAUCGUUCCAUGCUGGCCCUGCUGGAAUUCCUCUCUUUAUGCCAGUUAGUUGUGGCAGUUUCUCCUUUUGUCAUGAAAGACUUGGCAAGAGAAUGGCAAGACAACACUCUAGUACCUUGGGCUAACGCUUUUUUUUGGACCUACUUUUUUCUUCUAACUACGUUUAGAUUGAAAUGUUCAUCAACUGGAUUACCUGAAAAAUACCCUGAUUUAUGGUACCACAGUUUCAAUCUGAUCUUUGUCUACUUUUUCAGCGCUUUAUUCUUGAUCAGAUCUGCCUUGCUAAAUCACACCCUGAAUAAACUAUCAAAAGAUUUUUAUAUCGUCGAAUUUCUAUUAGUUUCUGCCAUGUUUUUGAUAUUAGGUUCCGACAAGUUUGGUGAUAGGCCCAUUACUGUUUAUGUCACCCAGGGUUUAACUCCUUCUCCGGAACCUAUGGCUUCAUUUUUCAGUGUUAGUUCCUACUCUUGGCUUGAAGAUAUGAUUUAUGCAGCUAAAAAAGUCACACCAACUGUGAAAGAUGUCUGGAGUUUGAAAUUAGAAGAUAAUGCUUAUGCCGUAAUAUUGAAGUUUCAUAAGGUUAAAUUCCAUUCAAGGUUUGCUGUCAAUCUAUUCUACCAGUUCCGUAAAUUGUUUCUUUAUCAAACAAUUUGUACUUCUGCAGAAGCUGUACUCACAUUUUUUCCAUCAAUGUUAUUGAAGAAGAUUUUGGAAUAUGUUGAAAGCCCAGAUACUGAGUCUGCAAGUCUUGCUUGGUUGUUUGUUAUUCUUAUGGCCAUCUCUUCCCCAAUCACAUGUGCCUUGUCUGGUCGUGGUCUUUAUCUUGGUAGAAGAAUUUGCACGAGAAUGAGAGCAGUUUUAAUUGGUGAAGUAUAUUCUAAGGCUUUAAGAAGACAAAUCUCGAGCUCUUCGAAGAUUACUGACAAUGAAAAGGAAGAAUCAGAUUCUCCUCCAUAUACUGGUGCAAGUGCUACAUCUAACACCCUAGUUAGUUCCAAUGGGUCCCAAAAAGACACCAAAUCAGAUGAAGAGGAGAAAUCGACACGUGAUUUGGGCUCUAUCAUCAAUUUGAUUGCCGUUGAUUCCUUCAAAGUUUCAGAGAUAUGUGGUUAUUUACAUUAUUUUGUAAAUUCAUUUAUUAUGACUGUCAUUGCAAUUGCCGUUCUUUACAGUUUGUUAGGCUGGGCGGCAUUGGCAGGUGCGUUAACUAUUAUCCUUAUGAUGCCAUUGAACUACAAAUUAAGUAUGACAUUGGGAAACUUCCAAAAGGAAAUGCUUAAGGUUACUGAUUCAAGAAUCCAAAAGUUGAACGAGGCAUUCCAAAAUAUCAGAAUCAUCAAAUACUUUGCAUGGGAAAAUAAAUUUAUUGAACAAAUUAUCGAUGUUAGAUCAAAAGAGUUGAAUAUCCUUUUCAAUAGAUGUUUGGUUUGGGUUGUUUCCUCGUUUGUAUGGUUUUUAACUCCUACAAUUGUCUGUUUGGUUGCAUUCUACUGCUACACAAUCAUUGAAGGCAAACAGUUAACAACCCCAAUUGCAUUCACUUCAUUGUCUCUUUUCAGUUUGUUACGUGCACCACUAGAUCAAUUCGCUGACAUGCUUUCCUUUGUUGUUCAGUCUAAGGUUUCUUUGGAAAGAAUUGAAGAAUUUUUGAAAGAACCAGAAACAACUAAAUACGAACAAUUGGUUAUGGAAAGAGACGAAAAUUCUCCUGAUGUUGGUUUCCAGAAUGCGACUUUCUCUUGGUCCACCUCAUCAAAUGCGCCAAAUGAUUUCAAGCUUAGAUCUAUUGAUAUUGCAUUCAAGAAGAACAAAUUGAAUGUUGUUAUUGGAUCAACGGGUUCUGGUAAAACAUCCCUAUUACUUGCUUUAUUAGGUGAGAUGAAUUUAAUCGAAGGUAAAGUGUUUUUACCUGCUUGGACUCCUAGAGAUGAUUUAAUAGUUGACUCAAGAACAGGCUUAACGGAGUCUGCUGCUUAUUGUUCUCAGAGUGCGUGGUUAUUGAAUGGUACCAUCAGGGAGAAUAUUUUAUUUGCUGCUCCUUAUGAUGAAAAGCGUUACAAACAAGCGAUUGAAGCUUGCGGCUUAAAACGUGAUUUUGAAAUUUUAGCAGCUGGUGAUAAAACGGAAAUUGGUGAAAAGGGUAUUACUUUGUCUGGAGGACAAAAACAACGUGUCUCUCUUGCCAGAGCACUAUACAGUAACGCUUCAUAUGUUCUAUUAGACGAUUGCCUCUCUGCUGUUGAUUCUCAUACUGCGGUCCACAUUUAUGAGAACUGUAUUACUGGCCCACUGAUGGCUAAUAGAACAUGUAUUUUAGUUUCACAUAAUAUUGCAUUAACUAUCAAGGACGCAGAGCAUGUUGUGGUUAUGGACAAUGGUAGGGUGAAAACACAGGGUACUGUUGAUGAAUUGAUCAAAGAAGGCGUCUUUGAUGAAGAAGCUACUGCUUCCGUUAUGCAAUCUCGCUCAGCUUCUACUGCUAACUUGAAUGCUUUGGUGAAUGAAGAAUCCGACGCAUUGCAUUCGCAUUUGCUUAACUCUACUAUUGCGGCACUUGCAUCAGAUCACAAUGCUGAUCAAAUUGACUCCAUCCCCGUUGAAGAUGAAAAUAUUGACAAAUCAGGUAAAUUGAUUGAUGAAGAAACAAAAUCCGAUGGUUCCGUUUCCUUAGAAGUUUAUAAAGCCUAUAUCAAUUUAUUUGGUGGUACCUAUUUUUGGAUUCUUCUUGCUAUUGUCUUAUUAAGCACUCAGUUAGUGAAUAUUUAUCAAUCCUAUUACUUGAGAAUUUGGUCCAUGGCUGAGAAUGAAAGAAAUGGCAUUACUGUUCUCACUGCAAUUAUUUCAGAAAUUCCAAACAAAGUGUAUGCAAAAUCAGAUUUUGCAUGGGAUAAUGUUCUAAAUGUUUUUAAAUCAAUUGAUUGGCAUAAACCCAUUAUAAAGACAAGAUACAACGAUUUUGAUGUUUCAAAGAUGUCUGCGAUUCACUCGACAAUGUAUUACCUCGUUGUCUACUCUCUUAUUGGUCUUGUUUAUUCAUCUAUUGGCUCUCUAAGAAUUAUUAUGGUUUAUAUUGGAGGUUUAGGAGUCUCACGUAAAAUUUUUAAACAGUUAUUGCAGAAGGUGAUGAGAGCGGAGGUAAGGUUUUUUGAUUCGACACCAAUUGGUCGUAUAAUGAACAGAUUUUCAAAGGACAUGGAAAGUAUUGACCAAGAAUUAGCACCAUAUUCAGAGGCGUUUGUCGUUGACAUACUUAGCUGUCUCAGUACCAUUGUUUUGAUUACAUGGAUUACACCUGCAUUUUUAAUUUUUGGUGUUUUUGUCUCGAUUCUUUUCGGUUAUGUUGGUAUUCUCUACUUGAAUUUAUCUAGAGAGUUGAAACGGUUUGAGUCUAUAACCAGAUCUCCGAUCAAUCAGCAUUUUACCGAAACUUUAACCGGAGUUACUACUAUUAGAGCUUAUGGUGACGAAAGAAGAUUUUUGGUUCAGAAUAUGCAGAAGAUUGAUACAAAUAACAGACCAUUUUUCUUUGUUUGGGCGAAUAAUAGAUGGAUGUCUUUUAGGGCUCAAUUUACGGGAUCCUCUAUUGUCGCCAUCUCAGCUGCUCUUGCAGUGUUAGCAGCUCGUCAAAUUGAUUCAGGUCUAGCAGGUAUUUCUUUGUCGUUUGCAGCAUCUUUUUCCACCAGUGCUUUAUGGGUUUUACGUUGUUAUGCGGAUGUCGAGAUCAAUAUUAAUUCAGUUGAAAGAGUUCAAGAAUAUAUUACUGAUAUUAAGGAAGAAAGCGCAACUGAGACUCCUUUUGAUCCCCCUGCUUCAUGGCCCGAGCAUGGUGAGAUUUCGGUUGAGGGACUAUCACUCAGAUACGCUCCAAAUCUGCCACUUGUCAUUAAAGACAUUUCUUUCCACGUGAAUUCUGGUGAGAAGGUUGGUGUUGUUGGUAGAACAGGUGCCGGUAAAUCUACUAUUAUUACUAGUUUUUUCAGAUUCAUUGAACCUGCCCAGGGUAAAAUUGUCAUUGAUGGUGUUGAUAUAACUAAGAUUGGUUUGAAUUCUUUGAGAAGAGGUUUGGCCAUCAUUCCACAAGAGCCAACUCUUUUUACUGGUUCACUAAGAAGUAACCUUGACAUGUUCAACGAAAGUGAUGAUCUAUCUAUCUAUGAAUCAUUAAGACGUGUCGGUUUGAUUUCCAGAGACGAAUAUAACAGCCUCAGAACUGUCAUCGAAAGUGGCCAGUCUUUGGAAGAAUACAAUAAGUCCAAUGAGAACAGUGAAGAAAAUGUCAAUAAGUUUACUAAUUUAGAAGCCGAGGUUACUGAAAAUGGUGGUAAUUUAUCUCAAGGUGAAAGACAGCUAAUUUGUUUGGCAAGAUCCCUAUUGAAAAGUCCAAAAAUUUUGCUACUAGAUGAAGCUACAGCAUCUAUUGAUUAUGAAACUGAUGCGAUGAUUCAAAACACAAUCAGAGAAGAAUUCUCUGAAAGUACUAUUCUAACUAUUGCUCAUAGAUUGAAGACAAUCAUAGACUAUGAUAAAAUUUUGGUUUUGGAUCACGGUAAUGCUAAAGAAUAUGAUCAUCCUUACAACUUAAUUACAAAGGAAGGAUCUCAGUUCAGAUCCAUGUGUCAAGACACUGGUGAAUUUGAUGAACUUGUUCGUUUGGCAAAAGAAGCAUAUGAUGCCAAAAAAUAA